AUAUUAUGUUGUAAGUCAGCGCUAAAGUUCAAUAAUUCGGCUAAAUAUGUUAACCUUAGCUCAUCAAGUUUUAAGAACAAAAAGUCAGAAAUGCAUUCCUAUUAUUUGUGGUUAUAAGCACUAUUCGUCAAAUGGACGAUUCAAUAAAGAAUUGGGAGGUGACACAGUUCGAAUCGGCUGUGCCAGCGGAUUCUGGGGUGAUACAGCCACAUCAGCUCGGCAAUUGGUACAAAAGGGACAAAUCAAUUAUUUAGUUUUUGAUUAUCUAUCGGAAAUUACAAUGUCACUUUUAACAGCGGCAAAAAAAAAGGACAGUAAAUUUGGCUAUGCCCCCGAUUUUGUACAUUUUGCAGUUGGCCCAUUACUUAAAGAUAUUAAGAAUUCUGGUAUAAAAGUCAUAAGCAAUGCCGGUGGGGUAAAUCCUCAUUCAUGUGCGAAUGCUUUGGAAGAGAUAGCAAAGAAAAAUGGAAUAAAUUUAAAUGUUGCUGUAAUAACUGGUGAUGAUUUAAUGUCCAAGACAGAUGAAUUAUCAAAAGAAAAUAUUACAGAUAUGAAUGAUAGUUUAGCAUUACCGAAAAGUCUAACCAGCAUGAACGCAUAUUUUGGAGCAUUUCCGAUUGCCAGAGCUCUUGACAAAGGUGCUGAUGUAGUUAUCACUGGAAGAUGCGUCGAUAGCGCUCUUGCAUUGGGUCCUCUAGUUCACGAGUAUAAAUGGAAUCCAGCCGAUUUAGAUAAAUUGGCAAUGGGUAGUUUGGCUGGACAUCUUAUCGAAUGCGGUGCUCAAUCCACAGGAGGAAUAUUUACCGAUUGGCAACAAGUUGAAGAUUGGCAUAACAUUGGAUUUCCAAUUGUCGAAUGUUCACAAGAUGGACCUUUUGUUCUCUUAAAACCAGAUAAAACUGGAGGAUUAGUUAGUCGUGGUACAGCAUCUGAACAAUUGGUAUAUGAAAUUGGAGAUCCCCAGAACUAUAUACUUCCUGAUGUAGUAUGUGAUUUUAGUCAAGUUAAAAUUCAAGAAAUUAAAGGAUCGGAGAAUGAAGCCGUACUCGUCCAAGGAGCUAUCGGUAAACGGGCACCUGAUUCUUAUAAAGUUUGUGCUACCUAUAUGGAUGGUUAUAAGGCUACCGCUGUUUGUUGUCUAGGUGGAAAAAAUUCAGCUGAAAAAGGUAGAAAAACGGCAAAUGCAAUUUUAAACAGAGUUCGUAAUAUAUUUAAGAGCUUAAAAUUGGAAGACUUUAGGAGAACACAUGUUCAAAUUCUAGGAAAUGAAGAUACUUACGGCGAACACGCUAAUUCGUCUUUGAACUUACGAGAAGGAGUUGUCUGGAUGAGUGUUCACCACAAUCAAAAGAUGGCGCUGGAGAUAUUCUCUCGAGAGAUAGCUGCAGCUGGAACUGGAAUGGCUCCUGGGCUAACAGCAAUCGUAGGAGGAAGGCCUAAAGUGUAAAAUAGUCUAUUCAGUAUUGUUUAAUUUUUUCCAACACUGAUGAUUUGCAGAUCACCACUUCUCAGAUUAUUUUCCUUUCUCUAUCCCAAGGACAAAUUUAAUGUAAACCUAUGAUAAUCUUUUUUAUGAACUAUGCGCUAAAGUUUAACUGAUUAGGUAUCAGUCGGCUGUAAUUCAUCUACUGAGGCGUUCGAAAAUCCUCAACCUGUUGGUGAAACUUUUAAACAAGAACGACCAUCUACAGAAAUUAAAAAUGAAAAGGUCUCUUUGACAACCGGCAAUUCUUCUUACAGUCUUGAUGAAUUAGCUUUCGCCAGAAGCGGGGACAAGGGAAACCAUUGUAACAUAGGUAUUGUGGCAAGAAAAGACGAAUAUUACGAGUAUUUGAAGGACCAACUAACUGAAGAGGCCAUUGGUAAAUACUUCAGUCAUGUCUUUGAAGACAGAAAUUGGGAGGGUAAAGUCGUAAGGUACGAAGUAAAAACAACGCACAAAAUGCUUCAUUUCAAUGCAAAAUUGAAGAGUUGCAGAGGAAAUUUUAUUAUACCCUAAACCAUAACACUAGUUCUACACUACAAGGGGCGUAGCAGUUGAUUUGCAGCCUAUGUAUAAUCUAACAAUCAACUGAUAUACACCUACCUAACUUUUUUUGAAAAUACCAAUUACAACUCUUUAAAUGUCUUUUUUUAGGUAUGAACUACCUGGAAUAAAAGCAUUGAAUUUUCUUUUGAAGAAUAGCUUAGGUGGCGGUGGUAUAGCCUCUUUAAGAAGCGAUCCUCAGGGUAAAGCCUUCGCUCAAAUGCUACUGGAUUAUCGAUUGACCAAUAUGCCAAAUAUUAAAUGAAAUACUCUGUCUAGAAACAAAUAAAAAGAGAGGUGGACAGAGAAUGAGACGGAUGAUAAAAGUAAUGAAAUAUUGAAUUUAGAAGAAGAAUCAUUAAGAUUUUAUAAAUAAUAAUAAAAAAAAUUAUCAAAAUAAGCAAAUUUUUUUCUUGAUUAGUCUCUUUAAUUUAGUUAAUUUAAUAAUAAAACUUGAUUUUUUUUCCCUCAAAAUGGCAAAAUAAUAAUACAAAUUCCCUUUCUAUACAAUUGAAUUUCAUUGUCUGAAAAUUAAUCCUUGUUUUCUAGCGAUCUUUUAAGUUUUUUUUUCCCGAUCAUACCAUGUAUUAUCUAUUUCAAGUAAAAUCGUACGAUUUCUAGUAAUAGAAUACCUAAAGUUAUUUAGAAAAGGUUUUGAAGAGCAUUUAAUUUUGGAAGAAUAUUGGUUCAAAGUGUUUUCUUUUAUCUUUUGAAACUUUAUCUUUUUUUCUCUUAAUCUACCUUGAUACGAUCAAUGUAAACGUUAUGAAUUUCACUAUUCAAUAAACACAAUAUAAAGAUUGCAUAUUACACUUUUCUAUGUAGUAAUUAUAAACGAAUGGUACG